GAGAGAAGCACUCGGGAUGGCAGACGCCGACCUCACAGUCGAAGAAGCUCGGUUGAAGCGGAUGCGUCGCCCUGAUCUUGUGCUGCCCCAAGGGCUUGCUAUGCUUGAAAAACAACGAGCAAGUUUGGGCAAUAGUCAAUGGGAAAUACGAGAGCAAGUUUUUAUGGCUGCUCUGGACCUACAUAAAUUCGAAAUUGCAAGGAAACAAUUCGAACUUCUGGAACAAAGAUUUCCCACCAGUCUGCGUGUGCGUGCACUGGAAGGAAUGAUCUUCGAGGCACAGGCACAUCACAGCGGAUUGACAUCAGAACAAUCCUCUAAGUUGGCAGGAAGGGCAAUGGAAAUUUACACAGAAAUCGUACUAGCUUUAUGUCAUGAGCUUAAUGUUGUUUGUGCUUACACCUCGCAAAGCUUGAUGAAGAUCCUUUCAACGUAUUCGCGAGGAAGCGGAAGGCAGCUCAAUGCGUAUCUAGAAAUGUAUCCAACUGACGCUGAAGCCUGGAAGGAGCUUGCCGACGUCUAUCUUGAAAUGCAGCAGCUGGAGAAUGCCAGAAAGGCACUAGAAGAGGUUCUUAUCCUUGCGCCAAUGUCCUACUUGUCGCACCUCAAGCUAGCCGAAGUGCUUUACACUCUAGAGGAACACCAUCUUGCUCGCAGUUAUUAUGCGCAGUCUUUGGAACUCAAAAGCUCUCUCAGUAUGGACAAUUCAAGAGCCGCUCUCGGUAUGAUCCUCUGCACAACGGUGAAGCUGAUGGAGAUUGCUCGAGAUCAUCUCGUCGCCAGCUACGAAUGCUGUCCAGGCGCUUCCAAAGGCCCGGAGCUUCGAGCGGUGCAAGCCUGGCUCACUUGA